CAUGAGUCCGCAGGUGCUCCUCAUCUUCGCCUUCUACGCCUGGAUGUUCCGCUCCGGCAAGGUGCGGCCGCUUCCUCCUCCUCCGUCGCCGCCACGCCGCUCCGGCUCAGCCUCAUCGGAGGACCGCCUCCGGGACCUCGGGGUCGCCGGCAUCUGCCGCGAGAUCCUCCGCGUCGUCCUCGCCCGGCCCCCGCGCUUCGUCGGCACCGUCGUCACCCUGGCCCUCCACGUCUCCGCGCUCUCGCUCGCGCACGCCACCCUCGUCGCCCGCCUCCUUGACGCCUGGGGCUCCCGCUGGGGCGCCUUCCUCCUCCUCGCCCUCCUCGAGGCCGCCUGCCUCUGCGUCCUCAUCGUCCUCUCGUGCUCCACCGCCGCCUCCUUCGCCAUCUCCGUCGCGUCCUUCUACUGCUGCGCCGCCGACGACGACCGCGCCCGCGAGGCCCUCGUGGAGCGCCUGAUCGAGGAGGCCCGGUGCAGGCGACUCGCGGAGAACGUCUUCGACGCGCUCGUCGUCGUCCUGCUCUACACCGCCGCCGCGGUGGCCGGCAUGCUCGCGCUCCAGUGGGUCUGGCUCGUCGCCGCGCCGGGAGCCCGCGCGCUGGACUUCAGCUACGCCCGCGACUGGUUCCUCGCCGGGCUGCUCUACAUGGGCGCCGACUACCAGCUGGCCGCCGUCGUGUCGGUGCUGGAGCCCGACGAGCGCGCCAGGAGGUGCUUCAGCAGGAGCAGCGCGCUCCUCGCCGGCAACUUCUGCCCCGCGGCCGGCGUCUUCGCCUUCCUCGUCCACUGCUUCGAGUCCGUGCACGCCGUGUUUGGGUCGCUGGUCCUCGACGGCAGGAUGGGUCUCGGCUUCGGCUUCCAGGUGGCCGCGACGCUCGCGAUGGUGGCGGCCCUGUGCGCGGUGCUCGUAGCGGCCCUGGUGGCGCAUCCUGUGAUUUACUUCGUGUGCAAGGCUUACCACAACGACGCCGUCGACCUCGGGCUAGGAGAGCACGACCCAGCCGACAACAGCAAUGGCGUUCACUAGGAUACCAUCAUAUCUACCCAGUAAGCGUUUGGUGAAAUGCCUCACCCGGAUUCUUCUCACUUUCAAUCUCGAGAGAACUCUUCCAUGUCCAGUUUUGAAAUGCAUUGUUUGGAUUUCGUACGCCGGCUAAUGGUUUGCUUUACAAGUUCAGGUAAAACAAGAUCUGUCAGCCCAGUGCUUAACAUCGAUUUAUACCUGUGUUUGUGUGUGAGAAACUAGUGAACUGAUUAACUGAAAUUUGGUGAGGUUAUUCAGCUAAUUUAUUGGCGUCAGCCUCAAGUCCACAACAAUGGGAGAUCGAGAUUUUUAUAGUUUGUUACCGCGAUUUGUAUGCUGGAUCAGAAAAGAUAAUGCAGAAUUAUAUCAAUAGGUUU